CGCAGCCGGGACCCGGCGAGAGGCGGGAAAAGCUCCGGGACCCCCGUGGGGGAACAGAGACCCCCCGGGACCUUUGGGGACCCCCCCGAGGGGAUCCGGGACCCCCCGGGACCUCCCGGGCGCCCCCAGAGCCCCCUCAGACACCCCGCGGGUUCCCGGAUGUCGGACUCGGGGCAAAGCCCCGCCCCCGCCGCGCGCAGGCGCUGCUGGAACCGCGAGAAGGAGCCGGAAGGAGGCGGGGCCGAGAGACGGGAGGUGGGGGAGGAGCCCCCGGGGCCCCCCCAGAAGACCCCGAUCAUCCUGGCGAAGCCCCCCGGAGAACGGCAGGCUCCACCCACCCAGAAGGCGGGACCAUUGCAGGCCCCGCCCCCUCCCGCACCGGCCCCGCCCAUCGUGCUGAUGAAGGCACGGGGUGAAGAGGGGCGGGGCCUCUCAGGGGGUGGGGCCUCCCAGGGGGAGGGGCCAGUGCAGCCCCCGCCCCCUGAGAGGGAGGGGCCCCGCCCCACCCAGCCCAUGUACCAACUGCACGGGAGGGGCCUCCCCCCCCCGGGGGCGCCCGACCCGGCCCAGGCCCAGGCCCGGCUGGCGGCGCCCGAGAAGAUGAAAACCAGUAUCAAACUGGUGGACGAGCAGAUGAACUGGUGCGACAGCGCCCUCGAGUUCCUCAUGGAGCAGACGGACGUGCUCGUGGUCGGGGCCCUGGGGCUGCAGGGGACGGGCAAGUCCACGGUGCUGUCACUGCUGGCCGGGAACCAGCCCGAGGAGGACCCGCGGUACUGGGGGCACUGGGAGGGGCUGGGAGGGGGUCAUGGGCUCCGGGGGGG